AUGCACCAGCCCACCCACUCACCUCACCACCGAGUUCUGCCAUCCCUGCUCGUGCAAUGCCACUGCAACCCGUCUCCACACAACGUGGUCCCCCAGGCUCAGCUCCAGCGCCUGCUGGUGGCUGGCCUGGGCAACUACGGGCUGCGGGGCACACGACACAACGUGGGCAUGGCGGUGCUGGACCGGCUGGGCCGCGUGGCCGAGGGCUGGCGAGUGGACAGGCAGUGCUGCGCUGACGUGGCUGUGGCUGCAGCCCGUGGUCUGGAGCUGGUGCUGGUCAAGCCACGGAGGUUCAUGAACCUCAACGGGCUCAGCGUCGCCAGUGCCGCUGAAAUCUACAACCUCCGCCCAGAAGACAUUUACCUGGUUCACGAUGACCUGGACAAGGCCCUAGGGAAGGUGGCGAUCAAGCUGGGAGGCAGUGCAAGGGGACACAACGGGGUCCGAUCCUGCAUCAGUGCUUUGCAGUCCAACGAGAUGACCAGGCUCAGGGUCGGCAUCGGGCGGCCGGAGGGUGAAGUGACAGUGUCCAGCUAUGUCCUGGCUCCGUUCAGCACUGAGGAGCAGGAGAAGCUGAAGCAGAUCCUGGCCCAGGCCACGACGUUCCUGCUGGAGCACAUCCUGCGGAGGAGAGCGCCCGCGGGGGAGCCGGGGGACAGGGGCUGA